AAGCCACAUCUGCUUCGGGAUCAAAUCUGCAGAACAAAUGAGAAAGCAAGCCCACAUCCAGGUGGUCAGUAAGAAUCUGUACAGCCAAGACACCAAACGCACUCCUCUGGCCUAUGGAGUGUUGGACCACCGCAUGGGAACUAGUGAGAAGGACAGGCCGUGUCUGACAUGUGGAAAGAAUCUGGCAGAUUGUUUAGGACAUUAUGGCUACCUGGAUUUAGAGCUGCCCUGUUUUCAUGUUGGUUAUUUCAAAGCCAUCAUAGGAAUCUUACAGAUGAUUUGCAAGACAUGUUCAAGCAUCAUGCUGACAAAAGAGGACAAACAGCAGUUCAUAGAUUACUUGAAACGACCCAACUUGGCUUAUCUUCAGAAACGAGGGCUGAAGAAGAAGAUCUCUGAUAAAUGCCGYAAAAGAACAACCUGUCUGAACUGCUCUGCUUACAACGGACCUGUAAAAAAGUGUGGCUUGCUGAAGAUCAUUCAUGAGAAAUAUAAAACAACCAAAAAGGUGGUGGAUUCUUUUGUGUCUGAGUUUCUGCAGUCGUUUGAUACAGCCAUGGAACACAACAAACUCAUGGAGCCUCUGCUGUCAAGAGCACAGGAAAACUUGAACCCUCUAGUUGUUCUCAACUUGUUUCGAAGAAUUCCUGCAGAAGACAUCCCSCUGCUGCUGAUGAACCCAGAGGCAGGAAAGCCUGCAGAUCUCAUCAUCACUCGUCUCCUCGUGCCUCCUCUCUGCAUUCGGCCCUCUGUGGUCAGCGACUUGAAGUCGGGCACAAAUGAGGACGACCUCACCAUGAAGCUGACMGAGAUAAUCUUUCUUAAUGACGUCAUCAAAAAGCAUCGAGUGACGGGAGCUAAAACCCAGAUGAUCAUGGAGGACUGGGACUUCCUGCAGCUACAGUGUGCCCUUUAUAUCAACAGCGAACUUUCUGGCAUUCCCCUCAACAUGGCCCCCAAAAAAUGGACCCGAGGCUUUGUGCAAAGACUAAAGGGAAAGCAAGGUCGAUUCAGAGGAAACCUCUCGGGGAAAAGAGUGGACUUCUCUGGCCGAACCGUCAUCUCCCCCGACCCAAACUUGAGGAUCGAUGAGGUGGCCGUUCCUGUUCAUGUGGCCAAAAUUCUGACGUACCCAGAAAGGGUAAACAAAGCUAAUCUGGAACUGAUGAGGAAACUGGUUCGUAACGGUCCCGAUGUUCACCCAGGAGCCAACUUUAUCGAGAACCGUACAAACAAAGUAAAACGAUUUUUGAAGUACGGGAACCGUGAAAAGAUUGCUCAAGAGCUGAGGUUUGGUGACGUAGUGGAGAGGCACAUGAUAGACGGAGACAUCGUCCUCUUUAAUCGACAGCCUUCUCUUCACAAACUCAGCAUCAUGGCCCACAUUGCCAGAGUCAAGCCGCACAGAACGUUUCGGUUCAAYGAGUGCGUCUGCACGCCGUACAACGCCGACUUUGACGGCGAUGAAAUGAAUCUUCAUCUUCCUCAGACUGAAGAAGCCAAAGCAGAGGCUCUGGUCCUGAUGGGGACCAAAGCCAAUCUCGUCACACCAAGAAACGGCGAACCUCUGAUUGCUGCCAUUCAGGACUUUCUGACAGGUGCAUACCUGUUGACGCUGAAGGACACCUUCUUCGACAGAUCAAAAGCUUGCCAGAUAGUGGCAUCAAUUCUUGUGGGUAAAGAUGAAAAAGUCAGGAUUUCUCUUCCUCACCCGGCUAUUAUGAAGCCAGUCGCACUGUGGACGGGCAAGCAGAUCUUCAGCAUGAUUCUGAAGCCGAAUAAGGACUGUCCAGUCAACGCAAACCUGCGGACAAAGGGAAAACAGUACUGUGGCAAGGGAGAGGAUCUCUGCUCUAAUGACUCAUUUGUUGUGAUUCACAACAGUGAGCUGAUGUGCGGUAGCUUGGACAAAGGUACCUUGGGAUCCGGCUCCAAGAACAACAUUUUCUACAUUUUGCUGAGAGACUGGGGGCAGCUGGAGGCUGCCAACGCCAUGUCCCGCCUGGCAAGGCUAGCUCCUGUGUUUCUCUCCAAUCGGGGGUUUUCGAUUGGAAUUGGUGACGUGACGCCCGGUCAGGGUUUGCUGAAGGCCAAGCAGGACCUACUGGAUGACGGCUACAAGAAAUGUGACGAGUACAUCGAAGCGUUGGCCACGGGAAAGCUGCAGCAGCAGCCAGGCUGCUCAGCCGAGGAGACCUUGGAGGCCCUCAUUUUGAGAGAGCUUUCUGUGAUCAGAGAMCGAGCUGGCAGCGCCUGUCUCAGGGAGCUCGACAAGAGCAACAGCCCCCUCAUUAUGGCUCUUUGUGGUUCCAAAGGAUCCUUCAUUAACAUCUCGCAGAUGAUCGCCUGUGUGGGCCAGCAGGCCAUAAGUGGCUCUCGAGUCCCUGAUGGUUUUGAGAACCGCUCCUUGCCUCACUUUGAAAAACACUCAAAACUGCCUGCUGCUAAAGGCUUUGUGGCCGACAGCUUCUAUUCUGGUCUGACACCCACAGAGUUCUUCUUUCACACCAUGGCUGGGCGAGAGGGUCUGGUGGAUACUGCAGUGAAAACUGCAGAGACUGGAUACAUGCAGAGGCGUCUGGUGAAGUCGCUGGAAGAUUUGUGCUCGCAGUACGACUUGACGGUUCGCAGCUCCACCGGUGACAUCAUCCAGUUUAUUUAUGGCGGCGAUGGUCUGGACCCCGCUGCAAUGGAAGGAAAGGAUGAGCCGCUGGAGUUUAAGAGAGUCCUGGACAACAUAAGGGCUGUCUAUCCGAGUCAGAGCGAGCCUGCCCUCAGUCAGAACGAGCUCGUCCUCACAGCAGAUAAGAUCAUGAAAAGAGAGGACUUCUUGUGCUGUGGAGACAGCUUUUUACAGGAUUUAACAGGGACUGGCUCAGAGAAGUACCUGGAGGAGAUAAAGAAGUUCAUAACGACCAUGUCCGAAAGAAUCAAGAAGACCAGAGACAAAUACGGCAUCAAUGAUAACGGCACUACUGAGCCAAUAGUUCUUUAUCAACUGGACCGCAUUACUCCAACUCAGCUGGAGAAGUUUCUUGAAACCUGCAGAGACAAGUACAUGAGAGCCCAGAUGGAGCCGGGCUCGGCCGUAGGGGCCCUGUGCGCUCAGAGCAUCGGAGAGCCUGGUACUCAAAUGACGCUGAAAACUUUCCACUUCGCUGGUGUGGCAUCAAUGAAUAUCACUCUGGGAGUCCCUCGCAUCAAGGAAAUCAUCAACGCCUCCAAGAACAUAAGCACCCCUAUAAUCACGGCUCAUUUGGACGUUGAAGACGAUGCCGACUUCGCCAGGCUGGUCAAGGGAAGGAUUGAAAAAACCCUACUUGGAGAGAUUUCAGAGUACAUUGAAGAAGUUUUUCUUCCAGACGACUGCUUCAUCCUUGUGAAAUUGUCUCUGGAGAGAAUUAGGCUGCUGCGUUUAGAGGUGAAUGCAGAAACGGUGCGCUACUCUAUAUGCAUGUCUAAACUCCGGGUGAAGCCCGCCAACAUCGCCGUGCACGGUGAGGCAGUGGUCUGUGUGUCUCCACAAGAGAACAGCAAAAGCUCCAUGUACUAUGUGCUGCAGUCAUUAAAAGAAGAACUUCCCAAGGUGGUGGUCCAGGGAAUCCCCGAGGUCGCACGGGCCGUCAUUCACAUUGACGAACAGAGUGGAAAGAACAAGUACAAACUCUUGGUGGAGGGCGACAACAUGAGAGCCGUCAUGGCAACGCACGGCGUCAAUGGGAGUCGCACCACUUCUAACAACACGUAUGAGGUUGAGAAGACUUUGGGUAUUGAAGCUGCCAGAUCCACCAUCAUUAAUGAGAUUCAGUACACCAUGGUCAACCACGGCAUGAGCAUCGACCGGCGUCACGUCAUGCUCCUCGCAGAUCUCAUGUCCUACAAGGGAGAGAUCCUUGGAAUCACCAGAUUUGGUUUGGCCAAAAUGAAGGAAAGUGUCCUCAUGCUGGCUUCUUUUGAGAAAACAGCCGACCACCUCUUUGAUGCUGCCUACUUUGGACAAAAGGACUCUGUCUGCGGGGUGUCUGAAUGCAUCAUUAUGGGGAUUCCCAUGAAUAUUGGAACAGGACUGUUUAAGCUCCUUCACAAAGCCGACAGAGUUCCCACUCCUGUCACCAGGCCGCUUCUCUUCGACAGCACAGACUUCCAUAUACCUCUGAUCGCAUAGCAUCAAGGAGGGAAACGGCAAGAAUGAAUGUUUGAAGGUUUUUGCUUUUCAGAGCUGAGUUUCUGUAGACAGAAAAAAAAUAAAAGUGCCUGCUGAGACUUGAAUAUCCUCUUCAAAGAA